UCAGACUGGAACCAUGGAGCUCAGCGUCCUCCUCUUCCUUGCACUCCUCACAGGCCUCUUGCUACUCCUGGUUCAGCGCCACCCUAACACCCAUGGCCGCCUCCCACCAGGGCCCCGCCCUCUGCCCCUUUUGGGGAACCUUCUGCAGAUGGACAGAAGAGGCCUACUCAAAUCCUUUCUGAGGUUCCGAGAGAAAUAUGGGGACGUCUUCACGGUACACCUGGGACCGAGGCCCGUGGUCAUGCUGUGUGGAGUAGAGGCCAUACGGGAGGCCCUGGUGGACAAGGCUGAGGCCUUCUCUGGCCGGGGAAAAAUCGCCAUCAUGGACCCAGUCUACCAGGGAUAUGGUGUGAUCUUUGCCAAUGGAAACCGCUGGAAGGUGCUUCGGCGAUUCUCUGUGACCACCAUGAGGGACUUCGGGAUGGGAAAGCAGAGUGUGGAGGAGCGGAUUCAGGAGGAGGCUCAGUGUCUGAUAGAGGAGCUUCAGAAAUCCAAGGGAGCCCUCAUGGACCCCACCUUCCUCUUCCAUUCCAUUACUGCCAACAUCAUCUGCUCCAUCGUCUUUGGAAAACGCUUCCACUACCAAGAUCAAGAGUUCCUGAAGAUGCUGAACUUGUUCUGCCAGAGUUUCUCACUCAUCAGCUCUAUAUCCAGCCAGCUGUUUGAGCUCUUCUCUGGCUUCUUGAAAUACUUUCCUGGGGCACACAGGCAACUCUACAAAAACCUGCAGGAAAUCAAUGCUUACAUUGGCCACAGUGUGGAGAAGCACCGUGAAACCCUGGACCCCAGCGCCCAGGACCUCAUUGACACCUACCUGCUCCACAUGGAAAAAGAGAAAUCCAACCCACACAGUGAAUUCAGCCACCAGAACCUCAUCAUCAACACGCUCUCACUCUUCUUUGCUGGCACUGAGACCACCAGCACCACUCUCUGCUACGGCUUCCUGCUCAUGCUCAAAUACCCUCAUGUCGCAGAGAGAGUCUACAAGGAGAUUGAACAGGUGGUUGGCCCACAUCGCCCUCCAGUGCUUGAUGACCGAGCCAAAAUGCCAUACACAGAGGCAGUCAUCAUUGAGAUUCAGAGAUUUGCCGACCUUCUCCCCAUGGGUGUCCCCCACAUUGUCACCCAACACACCAGGUUCCGAGGGUACAUCAUCCCCAAGGACACGGAAGUAUUUCUCAUCCUGAGCACUGCUCUCCGUGACCCACACUACUUUGAAAAACCAGACGCCUUCAAUCCUGACCACUUUCUGGAUGCCAAUGGGGCACUGAAAAAGAAUGAAGCUUUUAUCCCCUUCUCCUUAGGGAAGCGCAUUUGUCUUGGUGAAGGCAUUGCCCGUGCCGAAUUAUUCCUCUUCUUCACCACCAUCCUCCAGAACUUCUCCGUGGCCAGCCCCGUGGCUCCUGAAGACAUCGAUCUGACACCCCAGGAGUGUGGCGUGGGCAAAAUACCCCCAACAUACCAGAUCCGCUUCCUGCCCCACUGAAGGGGCUGAGGGAAGGGGGUCAAAGGAUUCCAGGGUCAUUCAGUGUCUCCGACUCUGUAGACAAUGGCUCUGACUCCCCGCAACUUCCUGCCUCUGAGAGACCUGCUGCAAGCCAGCUUCCUUCCCUCCAUGGCACCUGUUGUCUGAGGUCACAUUGCGAGUGAGUGGAGGAGUGAGAUUAUUGAAAAUUAUAAUAUACAAAAUUAUAUAUAUAUAUAUGUUCUUUUUUUUUGAGACAGAGUCUCACACUGUUGCCCAGGCUGGAGUGCAGUGGCGUGAUCUCAGCUCACUGCAACCUCCACCCCCAGGGUUCAUGCAAUUCUCCUGCCUCAGCCUUCCUAGUCGCGGGGAUUACAGAUGUGUGCUACCACGCCUGGCUAAUUUUUGUAUUUUUAGUAGAGACGGGGUUUCACCGUGUUGGCCAGGCUGGUCUCAAACUCCUGAACUCAAGUGAUUCACCCGCCUUGGCCUCCCAAAGUGCUGGGAUUACAGGUGUGAGUCACCGUGCCCAGCCAUGUAUAUAUAUAAUUUUAAAAAUUAAGAUGAAAUUCACGUAAAAUAAAAUUAGCCAUUUUAAAGUGUAAAAUUUAGUGGCAUGUGGUUCAUUCACAAAGCUGUACAACCACCACCAUCUAGUUCCAAACAUUUUCUUUUUUUCUGAGAUGGAGUCUCACUCUGUUGCCCAGGCUGGAGUUCAGUGGUCUUGAACUCCUGAUGUCAGGUGAUUCUCCUAGUUCCAAAUGUUUUCAUUAUCUCCCCCAAAACAAAACCCAUACCUAUCGAGCUGUCACUCCCCAUACCCCAUUCUCUUUUUCAUUUCAGCCUCUGCCAAUCUGGUUUUUGUCCCUAUGGACUUACCAAUUCUGAAUAUUUCCUGUAAACAGAAUCACACAAUAUUUGAUUUUUUUUUUUUUUUUUU